AUGAGCAUGACACGCACACCAAUUGCGACGCGAAGUGCAAAAGAUAAACACGCCAUCGGCGAAACAGAUUCUGUUGGUGAAGACGGUAAUACGUUAAAUGAUCAAGAACUAAACUGUGAAAUAGUGCCAAUCAGUCAACAGAAGAAAAACAAAAGAGAUAAAGAAGCGCGAAAGAAGAUGGCAGCUGAAUACAAAGUGCUAAUAAAUCAGAUGAAUGCUUUGAGUCGAAAAUUAAUGCGAGUGAAAACGGUAUUAGAGGCUGACAACGACGAUCCCAACCAGAGUCUGGACUGCAAACAGUUUCUGCAGCUUCAGCUAAAGGUUGUUGAGAGUGUGAAUGCCGAUUACAACGUUCACCAGCAGCGAGCACACGGCCUCGACAUUAGCGAUGAUGAUCGCUCGGGGCUAGAGGAGCUUUGCAUUGAAUUUGAGCAGCUAUAUGGUGAGUUGUAUAUUGUCCUUACAAAAUUGUUUGAGACUUCCUUGAAGAAGGAAGCACAUACGGUUCAGCCCUCCGCGAUACCUCCUGUGAACGUGACACAUCUGCCUCCGUUGAAGGUACCUCUUCCCUCGUUUGAUGGAUCGUACGAGAACUGGUACGCUUUCAAGUCGAUGUUUGUAACGAUCAUGUCCCGCUACACCUCGGAAGCUCCAGCCAUAAAAUUGUAUCAUCUUCGAAAUUCGUUAGUGGGAAAGGCUGCGGGAAUCAUUGAUCAGGAGAUAAUAAAUAACAAUGACUACGACGCUGCUUGGGCGACACUGACUGAACGUUUCGAAGAUCGACGGCUAAUAAUCGACAAGCAUAUCGAUGCACUCUUCGAUUUGCCGAAGCUAACUAACGAAAAUGCAGUUGGGUUGAGGAAAUUAUUGGACACGUGCGCGAAAAAUGUAGACGCUUUGAAAAAUCUAGGUCUACCAGUAUCUGGACUUGGAGAAAGAAUGUUAAUCAACCGUAUCGCUCUUAAACUGGACAGUGAUACCCGAAAGGCUUGGGAACUUGAACAAGCUUCCACUGCCUUACCCGAUUACGAUUCUACUAUGGAUUUCUUACGCGAAAGAUGUCGCGUUCUCGAAAAGAUUCAUCCGUUCCACAAGACGCAGAUGAAGAUUCCGGCGAAACUCCAGCUAAGCAGUCCUGCAGGACCGAGGGCGCGUGCGAACUCCUUAGUCACCGCGACUGAUGCUUGUCCACAUUGUUCUGAAGGCCACGAUCUGUGGAAAUGUGAUGUCUUCAAAAAGGCAGUCAUCUCUGAUCGAUACGACACACUCCGUCGGACCGGCGCAUGCUUUAACUGUUUGCAGAAGGGGCAUCGCACGACGGAUUGUUCUUCGAAGCACUCGUGCAAAAAAUGCAACAAACGUCACCAUACUACGUUGCAUCCAGCCGACAAUCAGCAGAAGAAACCAGAUGAUUCGAAAACUGAAGUUUCGCAGCCAAACCCCGAGAAGAAGUCUGUACUACCGCCUGAGAGACAACACGAAGAAACAUCUAUCGAUGCUGGAGUACAGUCAACACUUUGUACUCAUCCGAACGGAACCGGGAAGCAAGUUCUACUUUCCACCGCUGUAGUCCUUGUUUACGGGAAGUCUGAUGUUUACCCGUGCCGCGUACUAUUGGACUCGGGUUCACACUCGAAUUUCGUUUCAGAACAUUUCGCAACUAUGCUAUCUUUGAAGAAGAUACCCGCGAAUGUCUCAAUUAGCGGUCUAAAUGACAUUCAUACGAAAGUGCGACUGAAGAUUCAUACGAAAAUCAAAUCUCGUAUAAGCGAUUUUUCAGCAUGUCUCGAUUUCUUCGUUAUACCCAGGAUAACAGGUAAUCUUCCCUUGACGAAGGUGAAUUGCACCAACAUUGCACUACCGACUGGUAUACAAUUAGCAGACCCGAACUUUAGUAUUCCUGACCGUGUCGAUAUGCUACUGGGCGCUGAAGUAUUUUUUGAGAUGUUGAAGUCCGGUCGAAUGAGGAUUCCAAACACCUCUGCCAUUCUCCAGGACACCCAAUUUGGAUGGGUGUUAAGUGGUCCGAUUCCCAGCAAGAGCUCAAAGCAGCAAUCGUUCUUCAUCUCCGCUGAAGAAGAUCUCAAUGAAAUUGUACGAAACUUUUGGCGUAUCGAGUCAUGCGACGAAUUCAACGAGAAAUUCGUGCCAUUGGAUGAGAUUUGCUUGGACCAUUUCCGUGAUACACACGAGCGCACUAGUGAAGGAAGAUACGUAGUUCGCCUUCCCUUCAACGAUGUUAAGGAUCAGCUUGGUGAUUCGAAGGCUAUGGCGGAGAAACGGUUCCUGGCCCUAGAGAAGCGACUAGAUAGGGCUCCCGAAAUCAAAAUGCAGUACAUCGCCUUUUUGAGAGAAUAUGAAACACUUGGUCACAUGACGCUGAAUGAAGAUGUCGAAACUGAUCAGUCCCAAUCAGCUUACUAUCUGCCACAUCACUACGUUUUAAAACCCAGCAGCACAACCACUAGACUUCGCGUUGUGUUUGAUGGUUCGGCGCCGAGUGACUCUGGAAUCAGUAUCAACCAGACUCAAAUGGUCGGUCCAGCCGUGCAAAACGACCUUAUAUCGAUACUCCUUAACUUUCGAUCGUUUAAGAUCGCUUUUGUCGCUGACAUUCCAAAAAUGUAUCGACAGAUUAGAGUUAACGACGAAGAUGUUCGAUAUCAGCGGAUUCUCUGGCGCGAGAACCGGAGUCAGCCGAUUCGAGUAUACGAUCUACGAACCGUAACGUACGGACUGGCAUCAUCACCUUUUCUGGCAACAAUGGCACUCCGCCAGCUCGCUGAGGACGAGAAGGAGAGAUACCCGCUCGGUGCUGGGGCGGUUAGGAAGUCCUUUUACAUUGACGACGUGCUUACUGGAGCCAGUUCUCUGGAGAAGGCUAUGGAGGUAAAAAAUCAAAUAGUUGGAUUACUCAACGAAGGUGGCUUCGAUGCACACAAGUUCUGUUCGAAUGCGGAAUCAUUAUUGGCUACUAUUCCUGAACAUCAACGAGAAGGCUGUGUUGAUAUUACAAACCCAACUGUUAAUACGGUAAUGAAGACUCUCGGGGUCUCGUGGAAUCCCAAAGAGGACACAUUCACAUUCAUCGUAGCGGAAUGUCGUAAUCCCAACGCUCAACUAACUAAACGAUCGAUUCUCAGUCAGAUUGCUCGAAUUUUCGAUCCUUUGGGAUUUGUAGGACCCGUGAUUACCGCAGCGAAGCUGAUUAUGCGGGAGCUCUGGGGCGCGAAUUUAGAGUGGGACCAACCGGUACCAUGUGAAUUAGCACAACUGUGGACAGAUUACCGUGAUCAACUACAAUACUUGAACAACGUCAAGAUUGAACGAUGGAUUUUCAGUAACGGAUCGUGUACGUUUGAACUCUUCGGAUUUGCUGAUGCGUCAGACUUGGCAUACGGCGCCUGUCUGUACGCUCGAGUAAUAAGACACGAUGGGGCAGCAACCAUGAACAUAAUUUGCAGUAAGUCACGAAUUCUCCCGAGGAAGAAGAACAAGCAGAAGGAGAUUACAACACCAAGGGCCGAGUUGUUAGCAGCAAUGUUACUCUCUCAGCUCACCGUGAAGGUGCUAGCAGCAAUUGAUUCCGACUUUAGCUCUGUUCGAUUGUGGUCGGACUCACAGAUAGUCCUCUGUUGGUUGCAGAAAUCUCCGGAAGCACUCACCGUAUUCGUUGGCAACCGAGUUCGACAAAUCCAGCAAUUGACUGCUAAUUACACUUGGCAAUACAUCCCUUCGAAAGAGAAUCCUGCGGAUUUAAUUUCCCGUGGCGUAUCGCCAUCAGAAUUGGAAAGACGACAGCGAAGGCACAUUGCCAAGGGACUGCCUACAGCAACAGAAAUGCAACGAGCAUCCAUUUUGAUCACACGGAUGGUACAAGGUGAAAUGUUUCACAAAGAGCUACAAAUGCUGAGAAGUGACAAGGAAUGCAAGUUACCCUUUCAGAACCUGAGCCCGUUCAUCGACGCAAAUGAUGAAGUGCUGCGCAGGUCUGCUGGGCGUCGUUCGGCAACAGUAUUGGCCACUCAAGGCAAAGAAUGUGAUACGGAAGGAACUGCAUCGCUGUGUACCGUGUUUCCGGAUGAGACCCAAGAAGUCCACGCAAUUAAUGGGAGAUCUUCCUGA